CUCCCGGCAGCCCUGCUUCCGGCACAUGGCUCCACUUCUCCAUGCUCGGAAGAGCCCGGCUGCAGCAUCAGAGCCCAGUGUCCAUCCCAGCGCUGCUGCCUGCCCCUCCGGGAGCCCGGGAGCGGUGGCAGUGGCUGGGAUCAGGCCAGCACAGCCAAGGGGAUCGCAGGUGACACCCGGUGAUGGCAAAGGAGGAGCCGGCGUUACCCGUCCUCUUGCGAGCGCUGCAGGGUCUCACCCUUAAAGACUUCCAGGAGUUCAAGACAAAGUUAUCGGAGGUUCACGUGGAAGGAGGAUGGAACAUCCCCAAGGAUACACUGGCAACAGCUGCCCACCCAUGUGCAUUGCUCAGCUGCAUGGGAGAGAACUACAGCAAGGACACUGCAAUGGACGUAGCAAUUGGGGUGUUCAAAGAGAUGAACCUGAGAGACCUCGCUGAGGAGCUGCUGGAUGAGAUGGUGAAAGAGCACAAGCAGAAAUACAAGGAACAUGUUAUCCAGGGGUUCCUCCGGUACAAAGAAGUGAACUCGUGUCCUGGGGAGAACCUGUCCAUCAGGAGCCACUACACCACUCUGACCAUCGCCAGGAAGCCUCGGAGCAAGCAUGAAGCUGUGGACAUCACCCGUGGAUGCGCUGACACCAGCAAUGGGCCCGCCAACGUCACUGUCACCACACAGACACUGUUUAACCCCGAUGAAGAUGGGCACAUGCCACAGGUCGUGGUGCUGGUGGGAGCCCCAGGGAUGGGGAAGACGAUGACGGUGAGGAAGGUGAUGGUGGAGUGGGUGGAAGGGACCAUCUACACACAGUUUGACUACAUCUUCUGCAUAGACUGCAAAGACAUCGCCCUUCCCAAGGAGGCGAGCGUGGCAGACCUGGUUUCCAAGUGCUGCCCUCACAGGAGAGUGCCGGUUGGGAAGAUCCUGGAGGACCAGAAGAAGAUCCUGUUCAUUCUUGAUGGCUUUGAGGCCCUGGGUUUUGCCUUGGUUCAGCCUGAAGAUGAGCUGAGCUCUGACCCCAGGGCAGUGAAGCCGCUGGAAACCACCCUGAUGAGCUUGAUGAAGAAGACUCUUCUCCCAGACUCCUCUUUGCUCAUCACCACGAGGCCGACAGCUCUUCAGAGCCUGGGGCAGUGCCUGGAGGGGGAGAGUUACAUGGAAAUAGUGGGAUUUUCCGGAGCCAUGAGGGAGGAAUAUUUCCACAGAUACUUUGGGAAUGACCACAAAGCGGACGUGGCCUUUGGGUUUGCCAGAGCCAACGAGAUCCUCUACAGCUUGUGUGUCAUCCCCAUCAUGAGCUGGACCGUCUGCACCAUCCUGAAACAAGAGCUUCACCAGGAAAGAAACCUCAUGGAGUGCUCUAAAGCCACCACGUGGAUGGGUGUGUGUUACCUCUCCUGGUUAGUGAAGCGCAGAGGCAGGGACAACCCACAGGGCCUCCAGCGGUUCCUACUCAAGCUUUGCUCCUUGGCUGCUGAUGGCAUCUGGAAGCACAAGGUCCUCUUUGAGGAGAAGGAAAUCAAGGACUGUGCCUUGGACCAGCCAGACCUUCUGCCCCUCUUCCUCCAUGAGAAGAUCCCAAGGAAAGGUGUGGACCAUGGGAACAUCUACAGCUUCACCCACCUGCACCUCCAGGAGUUCUUUGCAGCAAUGUUUUACGUUCUGGAGGAUGAUGGGGAGAUGGUUGGUGGCUCGGGGGCUAUCACACAGGACAUAAAUGUGUUAUUAGAAAGCUAUAGCGAGUCCAGGGAGGAUUUGAACCUAACAGUGAGGUUCCUGUUUGGUUUGGUGAGCCAGGAAUCCAUCGAGUACAUGGACAACAUCAUCGGGUGCAGAACUUCCCCACGAGCCAAGGAAGACCUGCUGAAGUGGCUUCAGGGGAGGCACAAAGGCAUCUGUCAGCCCGGCCAAGGGAUGAAGGUUUCCCAGUUGGACACGUUCCACUUUUUGUUUGAGAUGAAUGAGAAAAGCUUCACACAAAGAGCAUUGGGUGGUGUCACUGACAUGGACCUGCAGGACAUGAAGCUGAGCCUGUACGACCAGAUGGCUCUUUCCUUCUGCAUCAGGCAGUGGCCUGGGCUCUGCUCUGUCACCCUCCGGGGAUGCUCCUUCCACCAGCAGCACCCUGGGGAGGAGGUGGCGGCGUCAGGGCCUCGCUCUGGUCCCUCGGAUGCUGGAGGACAUCCCAGUCCCCUCGCUGAGCAGCAGCACGAGCAGCUGCGUUCCCCCAUCGACGUGCUCUGCCAGGCCCUGCGGCACCCGGUCAGUGACCUGCGGGUGCUCCGGCUGCAGUGGUGCCGGCUGCCGGAGAGCUGCUGCGCGGCGCUGGCGGCGCUGCUGGCCCGACACCGCAGCCUGGCGCGGCUGGAGCUGGGGGACACCGCGCUGGGGGACGGCGGCGUGCGCCUGCUCUGCCAGGGGCUGCGGCAGCCCGGCUGCUGCCUGCGCGUCCUGCGGUUGCGAUAUUCCCGUCUGACCAGUGCCUGCUGCAAGGACCUGGCCGCUGCGCUGAGCACCAGCCCCUGCCUGGAGGAGCUGGAUUUGUCAUUCAGCGAGGGGCUGCGGGACGCUGGUGUGCAGCUGCUGUGCGAGGGGCUCCAGCACCAUUGCUGCCGGCUGCAGACGCUGCGGCUGGGGAGCUGCCGGCUGACGGGCGCCUGCUGCCGAGCGCUGGCUGUGGGGACCCCUCACCUCAUCUGCCUGGACCUGAGCGACAACGAGCUGGGAGCUGAUGGUAUCCUGCAGCUCUGCCGGCAGCUCCGGCACCCUGCCUGCCCGCUGCGCGCCCUGGGGCUGAGCACGGCCGGGUUGCCCGAGGACGUGCUGCAGGAGCUGGCUGCACUCCGGGCACUGAAGCCCGGCCUGAAGGUCGGGUACCUCCUGGAGCAGGACACGCCGCAGACGGGGGCCAUGGCCCGGCUGCCCUUCCACCGCGGGGUGCUGCCGGGCAGGAGGGUGCCCCCCUCCCUCAGGAGAGGUCCCCUCCUCUAGGAGAGUCCUUGGUGCAACUGGAGCCGUUCCCAGCCCUGUGCUUGGUGCUGCUGACGUGGGGGAACCCUCCCUGGGUUUGAGCCUGCCCCAUGCAUGGGGGUACAGGGGAGGAGGUCCUGCCCGCAUCCUGCAUCUGCUGGAAUCCAGGCAGAACCAGUCCAAAUCCUUCCCUCUCCCAUUUCCCCAUGUAUGGGCAAUAGAUCUAUAGAGAUCUAUAUCAAUCCCCAUCUAUUGGUGGCAAUAGAUAUGUUGCUGUUGGCUGAUGCCAAAUAAAGGCGAUGGGACCAGC